AUGGAGGUCCAGCUUUCUCAGUCGACGAAAAGCUCCGAGGCGCGGCCUCACUUUCCUCGCCCUCCGCUGCUCGAGGCGCAGUCGAGCGACUCCAGCUGCUCGAUUCCAGCGAGCGGCGAGGCCGCGAGGCGCGGCGACUCGCAGGUGCCGUGGAGCGCCGAGGAGGACGCCCUCCUGCACCAUCUCGUCCAAACGCUCGGCCAUCAGUGGAAGAAGAUCGCCGAGCUGCUGCCCGGCCGCUCGAAGAGCUCGACCAGAAACCGCUGGACCCGCAUCGGCAAGGCGGCCUUUAAGGCGGCUGGCAGCGCUAGGCCAAGCAGCCAGGGCUACCUGUGCCGCCGCUGCGGGCUUCCGAAGAAGGGCCACAAGCGGAGGUCGGUGUCGGAUGCGGCGGUCUCAAUCGCUUCGCGGCGGCAGGCGAUGCAGCAGGCGCCCAUGGCAAUGGGCCAGCCCCUCCAUCCCAUAUGCACCCCUCCCGUUCCGGCGGCAGCGGGCAGCCUCUCCUCGCUCCCGGCGGAGAUCGAGGAGAGCAUGCUGCCGAUGUUCAACUCGCAGCGGCAGACCGGCACCGGCACCGGCGGGCAGCAUCCGGUCGGCGUGCAGACGUCGUUCGAUAGCUCUCACUUCCUCGCGCCUGCCCGCCCGGCGGUGGUCGCUAUACCCGUCCAGCAGGGCGUUUGGGCGAGCACGAGCGGCGGCACGGGGUUGGCCGGGGUUGCGCCGACGCCGGCGUGCUUUGCGGCUCCGGCCGCGUCGACCGCCGUGGGGGCGCCCGCGCAUGCCCCGCGCGCGCAUGCUUGGGUGGACGCUUUUCUGAGCCUCGGCAUGCUCGCAGCAGAGAGCGAGGCCACGGCAUGCGAGCCGCCGCCGGGGUAG